AUGGCCAUGCUUCCACCUUAUCAUGAAAAGCAUCAACAUGACUCAUUGCAAAUUACACCCCCACCCCAACAGUUUUAUUCUCCUACGUGGUCCCUACGACGACUAACCUUUGAUCCUCGCGCUAAACUUACUAUGGACACGCCUUCAAGCUUAACCGCCCCGCCCCAGCCUCGUGGCAACUCCAAUCUAUACACCACAUUCUCUGACGAAACACCGAGUGAGUGUCAGUGGAAUACCAGUACUUGGACAUGGUCUAGCGACUUCUCUUGCCACCGAACAAGUCUCCAGGGCUUCCAACGAGGCGUAGUACUGUACGACUGGGCGAUUUUGAGGCCUGUACGGAGCCCUCCUACCCCUCCAGAACCCCUAUACAAACUUCCUAAAAGGGUAAUACAAUCUGUACUACGUACCGUACCUAGGGCAUCAUUAAUCGUACGGUACGGCUCACGAACUCGGUACGUUCGUACUGAACACGUGACCGUUACGGUUAACUUUUCGCGCAAGACUGAGAAUGAGUUCUUCCGUGCCAACGACAUACACACCGAUCUUCAGGCUUGCAUUAAAAAAGUCUUCACCGAUGCUGGGUACGCUAGCCCGAAGCGUUGCAGUUUUCGAUACACCCACAGAGACAGCAAACCCUUUCUAAUCGCGUAUUCCAACUCAGGAACGCCGAAGCCGCAAUUUACAGGGUGGCUACAGAUGCCAUUUAUUAUUUUUAGAGAGCCGACGCAGUUCCGCUUUAUCGUAGCAUUAAAAUGGCUUUCGGGGCACCGAACAGAUUCCACCUAUGGAUCUAGGACCGACAGAGCAAGACGUAUCUCCGAUUUGCGCAACGAAACAAGCCUCUAUGAUCGCAACCUGAUUUCAAUAUCUAGAGGAGCAGGACAGUUUUGUGCUUUAGGAUCUCGAAAAGGACUCGACAAAUGGAAAUCCGAGACGUAG